AUGGAGGCCUCUUGGGGAUGGCUGGUGGCCUGUGUGUUGGCCAUGACCCUGGUAUCUACAGUGACUGAGGAUGUCUGCAGAGCACCCAAUGGGAAGGAUGGGGUCGCAGGAAAUCCUGGCCGUCCAGGGAGGCCGGGUCCCAAAGGAGAGAGAGGGGAGCCAGGAGCUGCUGGCAUCCGGACGGGUAUCCGAGGCCUUAAAGGAGACCAGGGUGAAUCUGGGCCCCCUGGAAAACCUGGCAAUAUGGGGUUCCCAGGGCCUACUGGGCCCUUGGGGAGCAGCGGCCCCCAAGGACUAAAGGGUGUCAAAGGCAAUCCAGGCAAUAUCAGGGACCAGCCCCGGCCAGCUUUCUCAGCCAUUCGGCAGAACCCCCCAACAGUUGGCAAUGUGGUUAUCUUUGACAAGGUCAUCACCAAUGAGGAGGGCCCAUACCAGAACAAGACGGGACGCUUCAUCUGUGCAGUGCCCGGCUUCUAUUACUUCACCUUCCAAGUAACCUCCAAGUGGGACAUUUGUCUGUCUAUCAUGUUCUCCUCCCAUGGCCAGACCAGGAGUCCCCUGGGUUUCUGUGAUGCCAACAGCAAGGGGCUCUUCCAAGUGGUAUCAGGGAGCACUGUGCUGCACCUGCAACGAGGGGACCAAGUGUGGAUCGAAAAGGACCCUGCAAAGGGCCGCAUUUACCAAGGUACUGAAGUCGACAGCAUCUUCAGUGGAUUUCUCAUCUUCCCCUCUGCCUGA